GAACGCAGGUCGUCCGCGGCGAAGCAUCUGCGGGUGGCGCCGCCGCAGGGAUCGCGCAGCAAGUGUCCGUCGAUGCCGAGGUGCAGUCUGCGUUGCGCAUCGCCCAGGAGGUCGCCGCUGCGGCCGCGGACGGGGCUGGGGGCGUUCCAGGAGCCACCGGAGUGCCAGCGCCGCCUCCGGAGCGCCGCCUCCGUCAGUGGCGCGCCCCCUGCGUCGCGCGCGGAGGGCUGCGGACCGGCUCCCGAGCGAAACGCAUGGAGGCAAGCCAGGGCUCGCGCCUCGCGCGGGCACAGCGUGCACCACUGGCAGUGGAUAUACCUUCGCGCCGCAUGCGCCACGGCAAGCACUGCGCCUCGAUCCAGCAGCGGCAGCCCCGCCUGAGCCAGCUGCGUGGCGCGGAGGCGCAGGGCGCUGCCGGGGCCGCGGCGCCGUCGCCACUGGCUGCGGUGCUCGAUGUCGGCACUGGCCCUUCAGCUUCGCAGCGGACCCAGCCCGUCGCGCUGCCCGACCUCCUUGCUGCUCCUCUGGCGUCUGCCAGCUGCCCUCCCCCGCGCCCGCGCAUCUGGGCGCCGAGGUCGCUCGAGCAGCAGGUGGGCGGUGUUUUUAGUGCGCUGAUUCGCCAGGCAGCGGAGCGCGCGGGCGCGGGGCUCGGGGGCAGCGCGGUCGAGCCGCACCAUUGUUUAUGCCGCGCGGCUCCGCAGCUGUUGCUCAGGGCCGCCCCAGAGGAUUCCGCGCAGGAGCGCCCCGGCGCGCAAGCCCUCGGUGCGGCCAGCUCUCUUGCAGUCUGGUCCAGGACCUGCUUGUUGAGCUCGAGGCCGAUCGCUCGCGGGCAGCGCCCGGCCCGCCGGCAGCCGCAGCGCAGGCCGGUCGUCACACCGCGCCUCGCGGGGCAGCAGGCUGCAGCCAUCAAGCCUGCGGCCAGGCGCGGCCCUGGCGGAUGGAGGAACGGCCGCAUCUCGUUCGCGCAUUCCGAUCCUGAUGGGCCGCGCACGCUUGCAGCGCGGUGCUCCGCGAAGUCCCCGGGCAUCAUGCGCCCCUGGGUGGCCUCUCUGUGGUCGGACGCUCUGUCGCGGCCGUUCUUCAAGGAUGACCUGCGCCAAAAAGUGCGGCCAGCGCUUCGGGGCGAGGCGCUCCAGGAGUUCGCCAUCGGGGCGUCUGUGCCCGACGCCGUGGGCGAGCGGCAAUUUGGCGCUGGCAGGUCUGCAGGCGCGGCUGCUGAAAUCGGACAGGUCCGGGCGGCUGCUGGGGCGCGCCCGAACGGGGCGCUGAUCGGCUUGGACAUCGCGAAUGCGCCGGGGCAGGCGCAGUGGGCCGACGCUCUGCUUGCAGCGGCGGCCAAAGCACCGAAGCUCGCAGUUCUCAUGGUUGUCGCGCUAUGGGCCGGGGAGGUCCAGGUGUUCCUGCAGGGCGCCGUAGGGGCUGGACGGCGCCAGUUCGUCGUCUACGACAGCCAUGCCCAGGGGGGCCCUGGCGGCCAUCAGGCGCUCUGCAUUGUCAUCGCCGCUGUCUUGGAGGUGCCCCAGCCCGUGGCGCGCGCUCUCCUCGAGGUCCUCGCGGGCGCGGCUGCCGCCUGGAACCUGCCCCUGCAGCUCGCGAAGUGCACGUCCCACAGUCCAGCUCUGGCCAGCGAGAGCCUCGAGGCGCGCGGUGACAUGGCGACGCCACUCUGCGCGAGCACUGCGAACGCCCUCCCCCGGCACGCAGCCGAGCGCCUGGACAAGGCGCGCCGCCUCGCCAACCUCAUCGCGGAGAUGGUCCAGUUCGCGCCGCCGGCCGCCGCGAAGCAGGCUGGCUUCGCGCAGCGCCGCGGCGCGGCCGCGCACGCGCUGGGCUGCGACGCGGGAGUUCUACCCUGCAGCAUCUUGCUGCCGCGCGCCCGCGCCCUGGAUCAGCGCGCCUCGCAGGUGGGCUUGCCAGUGAGGUUCGCGGGCCUGCAGGUCGACGUGCCGUCGCACAUCGUCCUUCUGGCGCGCGUCGCCCGGCCUGUGGAGGGCGGGCCUGCGGACUGGGCUGCCGUCGCUUCCUGGGUGACCGGGGGGUCCGGCGAUGCCGCGGCGCCCGAGGAGGGCCGGCGCUGGGGCGGCGUCGACGGCGCCAUCUCGGAGGGCGUCCCGGGCACGUUGCAGGAGCGCAGGGCCACCGCGCAUGCGGGGCGCGGCCGGCCGAGCGCCCGGGCGGGCGCUGCCGUCGCUGACCCCGUCCGUCCAGCGGCUCUGGAUCGCCGCCUGCGUAGCGCAUGCCUUCAGCACUCGGCCCGCGCCGGGCACCUUGCGAAGCUGGGCCGCGCGUGGCCCAGAGACGGGGCGCGUCUCUUGAGUGCCGCAGGGCCGUCCGCCGGCACCGCCCUCGCGUCGGAGUCGCCUGCGGCGAGCUUCUGGGCCAGCACAGCGAUCACGCUGUCCGGUGCGGGAGCUUCGGAGGCGUUGCUCGACGCGUGGUGCCGUGGCGUUCCGGAGCUCCUGGAUUGCCUGGUGGACGUCACCGUCCGGCAACCAGUGGCUGACCGCUGCCAGCCAGCUGCGCCCAGGGUCGCCGGCAGCACGGCGCGCGUCGCAGAGCAGGUGAAACGCGACCUGUGCCCGCCGGCGCGCGGCCGCUGCGUCUGGCCAGCGGCCCACGAGACCUUCGGCCGGUUCGGCGAGGGUGCGCGGGCCCUGCUCGCCCGGCGCGCUGCCGCGGUGGCCCGCCGAGCAUGCCGCCGCGGCCGCCUGCCGGGCAACUGCCUGCGCCGCUGGCGCGCGCAGCUGGACGCGGCGCUUCUGCGCGGCGUCGCCGCGCAACUGCUCGCCGCUCGGCGCGGCGCGCCGCGCCACGCGCGGCGGCGAGCGCCGCCGGCGGACGCGCGCUUGCUGGAAGCGCGGGGCAGCUGA